UAUUCAAACGGAUCCAUGAUCACCUAAUCUAUAUAUAUAGGGAACAAAAUCUUUGACACAUAACAAAAUCAUUCACACAAAUUUGAUUUCCUAGAAAAUUUAGAGAAACAAUCUUUGCGUAGAUUCUAAAGUAUCUGCUAUAAUCUAAUGGCCAAUCCAACAAGAUGUGCAGGUUGCAAAUUUUUGAGAAGAAAAUGCGCUCAAGAUUGUGUUCUGGCACCCUAUUUCCCCCCAUCCAAUCCAGAGAGAUUUGCUUGUGUUCAUAAGAUCUUUGGUGCCGGCAACAUUACUAAAAUGCUACAGCAACUUCCAGUCCAUGUAAGAGAAGCAGCAGCAGACUGCAUGUUUUAUGAAGCAUCAAUACGUGUUGAAGAUCCAAUAUAUGGGUGUGUUAAAAUAAUUUCUCAAUUGCAACAAGAUUUAUUUCAGGCUCAAUCUGAGAUGGCCAAGACAAAAGCUCAAAUAGCGUUCUACAAUGCACAACAGCAACUAAAUCAGCAGCAGCAAAAUAUGGUUGAUGGUGUUGAUGAUAAUUACCAACAAGACCUGCACAGUGAAUCUUCAAGGCUCGGUUUAGAUGAUCACUUUUACAGCUUGGGUUGAUGUGACAAAUCAUCAAGUUUAACCCAAUUGCUCUGAUUUAAAUUCUUUAUUUGAAUAUUGACAAAAAUUCUUUCAGGACAAGAGAUAGAUACCUUUUUCUGGUAGUUUUAUAGGAUUUUUA